CCUUCCUGAGAGGUUUGUGUCCCAGGGAGGUGGUCGGUUCAGUUUGUAAUCUGUAUGUAGCAGAGCUGCAGGAGGGACCCUGAGACAGAAAGUUACAUUCAGAGCAGACAACCCCCUCCCCUCAGAACACCGACCUUUCCAAAUCUCAGAACACCCCCGAACUACUUUGACCCUCUGGGCGCCGCCCCAAGCGACGAAAACCAGCGCACAGCAAGAUCCCACAGCUGCAGACACCGACCAGCGAGUGGUUUCGGUGUGAAAGUUUCCCCAGGAUGAAGGUCGGCAAGAUCCGCGGCUUCCUGCUGCUCCCGGACAGGCUGGAGGAUUCGGUCUACACCCGGGGCCAGCUGAUGUCGGGCCGGGUGAUCCUGGACCUGCGGGCGGCCGUUGCCAUCCGCUCGCUGCUGGUGUGUGCCCAGGGCAUGGCCGCGGUGCACUGGCUGGAGAGCAGGAGCAUCGGCAUGAACACAGUCUACUCGGAUUAUAGCUCUCACCAAACCUACUUCAAACAGAGGCAGCACGUUAUCCGAGAUAAUGGGGAAAUCACCCUUCUCCCAGCUGGUCGCCAUGAGUUUCCAUUCAGCUUCCAGCUUCCUGAAGAAAACCUGGUGACCUCCUUUGAGGGGAAGCAUGGCAGUGUACGCUACUGGGUCAAAGUCAAGCUUCACCGUCCCUGGGCCACCGUGAAGAAAAUCAAACGGGAAUUCACAGUGAUUGAGCCCAUCGACAUCAACACACCGUCAUUACUGGCUCCCCAAGCUGGUACAAAGGAGAAGUUGGCUCGGGUCUGGUACUGUAACCUUGGUCAUGUGUCGCUGACAGCAAAAAUUGACCGAAAAGGCUACACACCAGGAGAGGUGAUCCCCAUUUUCGCCGAGGUCGAUAACUGCUGUUCCCGCACAGUAACCCCCAAAGCGGCCAUUGUCCAAAUACAAACAUUCAUCGCUCGGGGGACAAUGAAGCAGAAGAGGGCAGUGGUGGCAACGUUGCAAGGCGAGGGUGUGACCCCCAGGAAGAGGGGCUCUUGGCAUGGCCGGCCCCUAAAGAUCCCCCCGGUGUCGCCCUCGCUCCUGCAAUGCCGGGUGAUUCGUGUGGAAUACAUCCUCAGGGUUUAUGUCGAGAUCCCAGGAACGUCCAAACUGUCCCUGGAGUUGCCCCUUGUCAUCGGCACAAUUCCCCUCCAUCCAUUUGGCAGCCGCUCGUCUAGCGUUGGAAGCCAGUACAGUAUGGAGAUCAACUGGCUGCGCCUCAGCCUCCCUGAGAGACCAGAGCCACCCCCUGACUAUUCAGAGGUGGUUUCUGAGGAUCAAGCUGAGCGGUCUGACCAAGGACUGUCCCUCCCAGAGGAUGAUGAGGCCCUCGACCGAGUGCUGGAACGGCCCUUCUUUGCCUAUGUACAGGAGUUCCGUUUUAGACCCCCACCCAUUUACUCUGAGAUUGAUCCUCAUCCUCCAAGAUCAGACAUGCGCCCGCGAUGUAUGACCUGUUGAAGAAUUCGCUGCAAGUAACAGAGUUUAAAAAUAAGGAAAAGCGAGAUUUUUAAACCGGUUAAAGGUCCUUGGGAUGCUUCCCAGGCACCUUUGAAAGCAAACUCGGGAUAUUGCUGUCUGAAGAGGAACAAGGCCAUCCUGUAUAAAGGGAGAACAUCCUCUGACUUCUGUGGCAAUGGUGCAAGUCAGAUUGGGAUCCACGGCUAGCUUUCUGCCUGUUGAGCUGUCUCCCUUUGGUUGCUCUGUUCUACUGAACUUGACAUCUCAUCAAAUGGUUUCGCAUAAUUACUGCCUGUAACGGACCCAGUGGACGAUGUGACAGCAAGAGAGGGUGUGUAGGAGGGGUCUGCUGUUUAAAGAACACGGGCUACAGCUGAAUGGGUCCAGCCCCUUUCCCUCGCCUCCAUAUGACCUGGGCAUUCAUCUUGCUGGAGCUGUCUGUCAACAUCUUGUGCCUCCAGCUCGUAUGGACUGAGCAUGCAGUGUGUUGAGAUUUGGGGAGGGGCAAGUGUUACUGUCUGGUCAUCGGCUUGUGCAUGCGGGCGUUCAAGGGCUUGGGAGUGGGGGGCCCACCCCAAUUUAACCAGUCAGCUUUUGAGAGUUUGUACGGGGUUUGGGUCCAGUUCUGUCAGAUUUGCAUCCUGACACUGAGUUCAAUAUGUAGUUAUGACCCCUUCCAGUGGUUGCAGUAAUACCAACAGAAAUGUGGGAUCAAGUGUUGCAGCUGAAACACUGUUAGAUGCAAGAGGUUAGGUUUUGAGGGAAAAGUAAGAAACAUUGUCAGAAUGUUGCUUAAUAAUUCCUCUGUGGUGUCCACUUGCGAUGAUCUCUCCGGUCCCAAUUUCAAAAAAACUGUUCUGAAGUAUCAGACCCCACAGUGUGGGAAAAUAUUUCGGAACAUCCUGAGCUUGAGGGUAACAAUACAAAACUGACUUCUUUCAAAUGUAUGAUCAAUAACCAUUUCUAAUAACAUCCUACUUUGUCUUAGAACUGGAUGCCUUGUAGGUUUUUCCCAGGUACAUGAGUGGAGAGUGAACCAGGAAGGGAGAGAGUAGGAGAGGCGAUUGUCUGGCAAACUGUAAUUAACAAAGGUUUUCUGGGAGUGAGAGGGGGCUUUGGGAAAGAACAUGAGAGGUAUGAGGUUGCAUAAGAUAUCAGUGACCAAUAAAAGCCAAAGUUAAUCAGAGCAAUGAUAAUUUAUGCAAUUUUCGUUAGAAGGGUCUACAAAAAGGUAUGAGUGAUUUUCUUUUUGUCUUUGUUACACAUGAACUGUGAAUGGGUGGGGACAGAGAGACAGAUAUGACUAUGGUAAUGAUCUAACUUCCAGUAUUAUGGAGUUGGUUCCAUAUGUGACCCAGAUGCCAGGUUUCAGAGACCUGCUGCUUUAGAAAGGAACCUUUUCUUUACAGAUUCUGUUUUUCAAGAAACAACAAGAGCAACCUGUGUUUCUAUGGUAUCUUUUUAAGUAAUUGAGAAUCCUGAAGUGCUUUGCAUUUGUGUAUGGAGUUUAGCUCAAUCAAGGAGGGUAUGUUAUAGUGGACAAUUUAACGAGCAUGGGUACACUUGAGGAGGACAGUGAGGUGGAAAGGUUUAGGAAAGGAUUUCCAGAAUCUAGGGUCAAAGUAACUGAAAGCAAGCUCACCGUUGGUAGAGUGAUUAAAGUUGGUUGCCUGGAGAGGCCAGAGCUGUAGGAAUGUGGGAAUGUAGAAAGUUGUGGAAGGGUAUAGGGAUAGUAAUGGAUGAGGUCAUGGAAUACAUUGAAGCGAAGACUGGUCAGUGAGCAAAUGGUGAAUAAACUUGGUGUGAUUUAGGAUCCUGAUGAGCAGAGUUUUGAAUGACAGGUUUAUGAGAAGUAGAACACAGUCAGCUGAAGCUGUACCUUACUCAGUUAUGCAAGACAUCAAAAACUAUUGGCAGUAGAAAGAUUACUUAUUGGAGAUCUGUAGCAACUUGAUAGAUUGGCGCGCUAACGUGUCAGGUGCGAGCAUAGUGUCACCAGGCUUUCUUGGAUUGUCCUGGAGUUUCAUUGAAUUAAUAUCCAAGAAACCACAUGAUCAAAACUUUUGAGAAGAAAUAUCAUUGCAUUCAAACCCAACAUUUUUUUAGAAGCAACACUGGUUAUUAGAGUUGGCUUCACAAAGAUACUGGUUAAAUGCCAUCCAGUUAGGGGUUAGUAAGGAGAUUAUUCUGCUGGCUGUGGAAAUCUGGGGCAUCAUGAGAAUGGGCACCUCGGACAACCCCUGGGGCAGAGGUGGGUUGAAAUGUCAAAAGCCUCCAGGAUUGUAUCAUUCCUGAUUUUUGGCAACCUCUACGUUAGUGGGACAGCUCUGAGCAAUGUUUCUGGUUAUCACGUGGAAUACGAUUGGGAUAAAAUCCCAUCUUCCUUGUGUAUAUAAAAUCCUACAUGUUUCAGACUGUUAAACUGUCUUUUAAAAAGAAAAGAUAUUUUUGUAUUGUUUUUCUUUACAAUAAAAUGUUAUCAGAUUA